UAAGCUUGAGCCUGUCCCAGAAUGCACCAGCUCUUCCGCCUAGUGCUGGGUCAGAGAGACUUGUCCCGUGCAGGAGACCUCUUCUCUCUGGAUGACAGCGAGAUUGAAGACUGUCUGUCCCAAGCCCUGGAGGAAAUCAAAAUCAUAUCCUGCUCUCCAGACUACCUGACCAAUGAUAAUGACCAGGCGGUGGUGGAGAUCUGCAUCACGCGCAUCACUACCGCAAUCAGAGAGACGGGCUCGAUCGAGAGACAUGGAGCAGCUCUUGUGUCAUUGUGGGAAUCGUGUCUCGAGCACAACCUUCAGCCGCAGGGUAAAGAUGAGGACACGCCGCAUGCCAAGAUCGCCUCUGACAUCACCAGCUGCAUCCUGCAGAAUUACAACAGGCCUCCAGUGAUGGCGUUAGCGGUCCCAGUGGCAGUGCGGUUCUUGCAGCAAGGAAACCAAGAGUUAAGUAGGAACAUGUCCAGCUACUUGUCCCUGGCUGCCAUCGCUAAAGCUGAACUCCUGGCCCAACACACAGAGGCCAUCACCUGCAGCGUGCUGGGAGGUAAUGCCAUGCUGUUGAGAGUGCUGCCAUCCGUAUAUCCACGACAACCAGAGCCCAUUCACCAGCACAUCCGUGAACUGAUGGCGAUGAUGACACAGCUGGACCAGGCCGGCAGACAGCACCUGCUCAGAUUGCUGCAGAUGAUCUCUGAACUUCAUCCACUGGUGUUGCCUUCUUUGGUGCCAUCCCUGAUUGGCUAUCUCAGUGACUGUGAUUUGAGUGACACUGCACUGGGCGUGCUGGUGAAUGUUGCUCAGGCUAGCCCUGCCUCUCUCACUCCCUACCUGUCCAUGCUAAGGAAUGUGGGUCAGAAGAACCCUGUGUUGCUGGGACACAUCGCUAAGAUCCAUGGGGCAGUAGGUCUGACUAGUGAGGUCCAGGCUCGUGGGGCUCUGCAGUACCUGGUGUCUCUGUUAGCGAGUAUGGAGCACAGCGUCCAUCACACACUACUGCUGGAGAUCCGCUGCCUGACCGAUCACUACACAUCCAUCCUGGGCGGAGGAGGAAAAGAAAUUUACCGCAUGAGUAACAGUUUCACCGCCAUCGCUCGGCUGCUGGGACGCAAGCUGAAAGCUGACAGUGCCAUGGGCAGAGGUGAAGAGAAUCUGGUUUUUUUGCGGCCGUGUGAAGCCGAGUCUAGUUCUGCCGUGUUUGCUGAGAGUCAGCAUCUGCAGUUAAAGAUCCAGGCCUUUGAGCAGAAGAUUGGUGAGGAGGGGGCAGAGUCUGAGACACAGGGUGGGUCUCCAGGACCUCAGAGACGCCAUAGCCUGAGCCAGGCAGCACGAGACGAGCGCAGAGAGAUGAGAUUCAACAGGUCAAAGAGUCUGGCUCUUCAUGCUGUACUCACACGUUCCAUUAACUCUGACAGCAGUCCAGAGGGAGAGGGGGUGGAGCUGAGUCCAGAGCCCGAUACCUGUGAGGCCAUUCCCAGCCCUGAGACCGGCCCUGUCCCCUCCACCCUGGAGGAAAACCAAACACAAGCCACAGACAGUAAACUUCCCCAGGACACAUCUCCAAACAGUGAGGGGCAAAAGGUGGAGGUGGGAGACCCUCGGGAGGGCGAUCAACUCUGGACCCACCUGAGAGAAAACAUGGAAGAAAUCAAAACCUUCUGUGCAGAAAUGAUGAAACAGAUCCCCAUACCUGAUCAAUGUGUCAUUGAAGAUUCACACCAUGGCUGUGUAGUCAAGCUGUCCUUCUCUUGUCCACUGAAAGGACAUUACUGUCUCUAUGGGAAGUCCUUCUUCUCUCUGUGCAGCCGUCAGCCACAACUCUGGAUCCAAAUCAUGCUUCUGGCACUGCAGAGUAAAAUGAGUGAGGCUCUGUGCAGUCAAGAUGAGUGUGUACAACAGUUGAGGAAACUCUGGGAGAAAACACAGCUGACAGGAGCACACAGCUUUGAGCUAGCCAUGACUCAGACAAUUGUUCCUCACAAGAAGGAUGUAGACACUUUGCAGGUCCAUCUGGAGGAGGUUCGUUUUUUUGAUCUGUUCAGCUACAGUGAAGAGGAGGGAAGAUGGCUCUGUUUCAUGUGCAGUAACCCGGAGAAGGCCACAGUUGUUAAUCAGGAUGGUCAGCCACUCAUUGAGGGGAAGCUGAAGGAGAAGCAGGUGCGCUGGAAGUUCAUCAAACGGUGGAAAACACGUUACUUCACCCUAGCCGGCAAUCAGCUUCUCUUCCGAAGAGGAAAAUCAAAGGAUGAACUGGACAACAGCACUAUUGAACUGAGCAAAGUGCAAAGCGUUAAGGUGGUUCCAAAGAAGAGGCGUGACCGCGGGCUGCCCAGAGCUUUUGAGAUCUUCACUGACAGCAAGACCUACGUGCUGAAGGCUCAAGACGAGAAGCAUGCUGAAGAAUGGCUGCAGUGCAUCAAUGUAGCUGUAGCCCAGGCCAAAGGACGUGAGAAUCGCGAGGCCACCACAUACCUGUGACAUCAUACAGAUUGCCAUAUCAGGCAGCAAGGGUACGUCUUACUGCUAAGUUAUCUCAUUAUGACAAUUCAUUAAACAUCUGAGACAAAGACACUGUCCCAAAUGUCAGUUCUUGUGGUCCUUUUCCGAGACCACACUUGUGACGUAACACUCCAUGGACUGUAGGGUAGUUGUUCACUGUGAAGUCUGCACCAGUGCGGGCUUGGCAAAAGGGCACACCGUUGACACAUAGCAGCCAAAAAGAGGGUGUUUGCGAGCACUGUUCUGAUUCAUAAAAUAAAUGGGACAUCCUACAGUCUUGUGAACUACAUGGACAUGUGUGAACCCAUAUCAAGUGCACCAUAUGGAUCAGGGCCAAAGAGAAGACUGACAUACAAAGAACAUUUUGUAGGUCAUUUUAUA